AUGCUGCGCAAGCUCGUCCUCGGCCUGGCUGCCGUCCACGGCGCAACCGCCCACUUCGGCCUCAAGUAUCCCCCCUGGCGGGCCGACACGCUCUCCGCCGAGGGCGAAGCCAAGUACACCCAGUGGAAGUAUCCGUGCGCCGGCGUCGACUACAAGGCCGGCAAGGUCACCGACUGGCCGCUCAAGGGAGGCCCCCUCGAGCUCGACCUGCACCACGCCUGGUCCUACGUCUUCGUCAACCUGGGGCUCGGCGAGAACGCGACCAACUUCAACGUCUCGCUGACCCCGCAGUUCUGGAACGUCACGGGCAAGGGGACCGUGUGCGUCGACAAGCUCCCCGUCCCCAUUGACGUGCAGGACGGCGCCAUGGCCUCGCUGCAGGUCGUCACCACGUCCGCCAGCGGCGCCGCGCUCUACAACUGCGCCGACAUUCGCUUCUCCAAGGAUGCCAGGUCGUCUUCCAACUGUACCAGCUCCAAGGGCGUCGAGGUGCACACCGUCGGCCAGGGCGCCCAAACCACCGGUGCCCCGGCGCCGAGCGGCACGUCCGGCGCCAAGAACAGCGCUGCUGCUGCCGCCGCCGCCAACUUGAUCGGCGUCGUCGCCGGCGUCGUCGCCCUGGCUUCGGGCUUCGCGGUCGGCCUGUGA